UCCAGAGAAACAGACGAGGCCUAUCAGGCCCGGAUGCUGGCCUCGAGUACCGAAACCAAGAGACGGGCGGAUGACGCAGCAACAACAACGAAGAAGAAGGCAAAGGACGCCGAUCAGGCACGUCUGCUGGCAAUUGAACAACAGCGCCAGCAUGACGAGGCAGCAGCAAAGGCUGCCGAUGAAGAACUACUUCAACGUUGGGAGAAGAUAUUUAGCGAAGAGCAAACUUUGCUCACAAUGGCAGCGGAUUGGCGGGCCGAGGCCGAGAAUGGCAAGAUGGAGGAUAGCGAAAAUAAGAUCGCUCUACUCCUCUCCCAUCUCACGGACCUCCUGGCAACAUGCAUUACACAGCAGGAGGACAUCCAUAGCCUCGACGACGCGCUGACUCAGGUCCACCCGGCCGCCCCCGAUGCCAGCUCUUCCAACACCUCCGAUCGCCUCGAAGCAUUGGAGAUGGACGUCGACUCCCUCAAGGAUGGCGUGCAGUUACAGCAGACCGCAACGCAACAGUUGCAACAACGGAUCUGUACUACCGCCAACAACUCGAGUUCGGAACCGCGCGAGACAGCUCCAAAGUUCGACGGGCAGGAGAUCUUCUGUGACUCGACGAAGACAGAUCCGAUUCCAUGGUUCCGCAAGUUCGAGCUCACACUGCAGCUACACUACAUCAAAGAACACAAGCACCACGCGUACUUAUACUCCCGGUCCGAGGGCGCGUGCCAAGCAUGGUUGGACAAUCUCUUGUCCAAGUACGGAGUAGUAGUUGGCGACUUGCACACCAAGAUCAUCUGGGAUGAUCUGAAGGCGGCUAGGCACAAGCGGUUCCAAGUCAAGCCGUCGGAGAUCAAGGCAAUGGACAAGCUCAUGGUCUUCGAACAAGGCACGCUGCCGAGUGUCGAUUGGAUUCCCGAGUACCAACGCUUGACAUCAGUCCUAGACAUCCAGAUCGGCUUCAAAGCCAUCCGCCACUUUCAUCUCAAGGUCUUCGCCGACAUCUUCGAGUCACCUGCCGGUGUGGUGCCGGAUCGGGCGAUCUCUCAUGAGAUCAUUCUUGAGGCCGGUGCCAUGCCGCCGAAAGGUUGCAUCUAUCGGAUGAGCGAGGAAGAGCUUGAGGUCCUCCGUGCACAACUCGACGAUUUGUUGGCCAAGGGCUGGAUCCGCCCUAGUAGCUCCCCAUAUGGAGCACCAGUUCUCUUCGUCCGGAAGAAGAACAAGGAUCUACGAUUGUGUAUCGAUUACCGCAAGCUCAACGCGCAAACCGUCAAGAAUGCGGGGCCUCUUCCUCGCAUUGAUGAUCUUCUUGAGCGAUUGGGUAGCGCAAAGUAUUUUUUUAAGUUGGAUUUGAAAUCGGGAUAUCAUCAAAUCUCGAUUCGGUCGAAUGAUCGCUACAAAUCCGCGUUCAAAACGCGGUUCGGGCAUUUUGAGUGUGUGGUCAUGCCUUUUGGCCUCACCAACGCCCCGACGACCUUUCAAGCAGCAAUGACCAACGAGUUUCGUGCAAUGUUGGACCGGUUCGUCCAGGUCUACUUAGAUGAUAUUCUCGUCUAUAGCCGGACAUUGGAGGAACAUCUUGGGCAUCUUCGACGAGCGUUGGAGACGCUCCGCCGCGCCAAGUACAAGGCCAACCGUGCCAAGUUUGACUUCGGAGAGGAGGUGCGGGAAUCAUUUUUGGCUCUCAAAGCCGCACUAUUACCUGUGGAGGUCUUGCGCAUAUACGACCCGCUUUUGCCUACGCGUAUCACGACGGAUGCGUCCGGCUAUGGCAUUAGUGUCGUCCUCGAGCAACAUGAUGGUGUGGACUGGCACCCGGUCGAGUAUUUCAGCAUGAAAGUGUCCGUCGUGCAUUCCAUGGACGAUGCACGCAUGAAGAAGCUCCUCGCCUUCGUCCACGCGCUCAAGCGGUGGCGGCACUUCCUCCUUGGUCGAAGCCAAUUCCGAUGGGUAGCGGACAACAAUCCGAUGGUCUUCUAUAAGACCCAAGACACCGUCAACAGCACCAUCGCUCGAUGGAUGGUUUUCAUCGACCAGUUCGACUUCUUUCCCGAUCACAUUUCCGGAAAGUCGAACCGUUUGACGGGUACUCUUUCACGGCGUCCGGAUCGUUGUACUGCGGUCUACUCAACCUUCGAGAUCGACGACGACCUGCGGAACAGCUUCAUCCGCGGCUACCAAGCCGGCCCCGAGUUUCACGACAAGUACGCAAAUUGCUCCUCUCCUAAUCCGGCGCCUUCUCACUACCGGAUCCAAGAGGGGUACUUGCUUGUCCACACACGGGGGAAGGACCUUCUUUGCGUACCGAGUGAUCCUCACUUGCGUACAUGGCUUCUUGGCGAGUUCCACGAUGCUCCCGCCACCGGACACUUUGGAGUCAAUUGCACGAUCGGCCGACUUCCUUAGCGAUUUUGGUGGCCCGGCCUUCUCAGCGACGUCACACGCUAUUGCGAGUCAUGCGAGGUUUGUCGACGCUGCAAAUCCCGCAA